GCAGCGCGAGUUCCCACACGGACUACAUUGCGGGAACACACCUCCACACAUCGCCGGAAGUCGCGUGCCAGUGGAGGUCGAGGCAAAGAAAGAGCACAGAACCAUGGUGAGGAAGAAAGUGGUUCGGCCCAUUGCGGAGCUGGCUCGUAAGGUCCGGGAGUACCGUGCUUUGAAGGAGCGUCCCCGGGACUCUCAGAAGUACGCGCUGGACCUGGAGACCAUGACACGGCCAUACUCCGGUAAGAAGUUGCCCGUGCUGGCCUGGGAGGAUGUGAGACGAGAGAGCCGUCUCUUCUCCCUGCUCUGUGGCCUGAGGUUGUUUGGAGUCGGCCGCCUCUUCACCCGCAAGUCCUGGCUGCAGGAGCACGAAGAGCCAUGCUACUGGAGGAUCACCAAGGUGAAGGUGGACUACAGCGCUGAGAAUAUGGACCAUGGGAAGGCGUGGGGGAUCCUGACCUUCAGAGGGAAGGAGGACUGCGAAGUGAAGGAAGUGGACAAGGUCAUGUACCACGACUGGCGCCUCGUGCCCAAACACGAGGAGGAGGAGCUGAAGGGCUUUGUCGCCGUGCCAGAGCCGGCCGCGCGCUUCGUGACGUAUCCGCCCCUGCUUCGGGCCAUGAUCCUGGCGGAGGCGCGCAGAGAGGGCCGGGUGCCGCGCCAGGAGCCUCUCCUCGACCUGCAGAGAGGAGGGCCCCUCGGAAAGGACUUUCACCCGGAGCAGGAAAAGGAGCGGGAGCAGCGCGGCGCUGCAGCGUGAACCAUUUAUGUCGCUCCGCCCGCACGGGACCCCGGUCCCAGCGGCGCUGCCCUUGUGUGUCACUUUUCCCAGUGCCAGUGUCCCCUGUGUGCAAUAUACUGUUGGUGUU